AGACGCUGCCCGUUGCCGUGGUUACAACCAGGAAGUGACAGCGGCUUCUGUGUUUGUUUGUUUACAUUUAUCUGUGUUUGUUUACAUUUAUCUGUGUUUACCGCCGAGCUGUGCAGACUGCGGCUGCUCUCCGACAAACAGCAAAGAUGAGUGACAGCGCUGACGACAUCAAACCUGUGAGCUGCACCAUCAAACCUCCGGUCUACCUGCAGAUCGGAGACACCAAGACGGACCCGUCCCACUCCGGUGUUUGUGUCGUGGAUGUCACCCUCCCCUUUGGAAAGCCCGUCAACAUUGAGGAAAUCACCUUUAAGAACUACUACACUGCCUAUGUGACUGUGCGUCUGUUGAGGAGGAGCCCCGGGCAGGAGGUCCCUGCUAAGUGGAGCACCACCCUGAGAGACCUGCCGCUGAUGGACAACCCCCACACCGAGGGAGGCUCUCAGGACUACUUCUCCAUUCACAGGACGCAGAUGCAGGUGGAGCCGGAUCACGUGGUGUCUGUUAGACUGAUCCUGAGACAGCCGUCCUUUGCCUGGCUCACCUUCAGCCUGGAGGACAUCAGAAUAUUCCCUCACAUGGAGCCGGACCCAGAGAAGGAGGUUUCUGAUUGGCUGUCUGACCUGACCCUGGUCGAUCAACACCCUGACCUGGAGGGCCUCCCAGACCCCCAGACCGUGUCCUCCAGCAUCCAGCAGAUGUGGGCUCUGACUGAGGUGAUGCAGACCAACCAGACCACCGCCUCCAUCGGACGAUUUGACGUGGACGGAUGCUACGAUAUCAACUUGCUCUCGCUGACGUAACGUCUCUUCGUGGAGGACUCGAGGAGCAUAAAGGCCUGUAAAAAUGUUUAUUGUCUGCUUUGAGAAGAGCUGCGAAGAAAAACAAAGAACUAUUAUGUAUUUGUUGCCUUUUUUACUUUAAUUAAUUUAUUUUAACAUUAAUGUAUGGAAGCCCUGAGAGGCAAGUGAGGAAAACCAAUCUUGUUUUUCUCCACUUUCUGAGUUAGUUUUCUCUUCUGAGUUUAUGAGUCAACCUGAAAGUUUUAAUUCCACUAAACAAAGUAGAUAUAAUGUGUUCACACUGUAUUUUAUCCACUGUUGUAUUUUAAUAAGUGUUAAUCUGCUGUUCACCUGGAAGAAAAACAUAAAUUAUUUUAAACCUUAAACACAUUUAGCACUUUAUUAUAUUCAGAAAAAAUACCGAAACUUUUUUUCACAUUUUCACGGAUGAAAAAAAUUAAGUUCUUAUAAACACAGGAGAGAAAACUACACUUAAUAUAAAUUAAAAAUAUUAAAAUAACAGUCUCACUUGCCAUUCAAGGCCUCCGUACUAAUGAGAACUAUCAUGAUUUAAUUUAUUUAACUUUAUUUUAAAGCUUGUAAGUUUCAUUUUAAAGGAAAAUCCUGUCAAUAAAAACACAGUAUUAACUUCA